AUGGCGUGCAUCCAGGCUGUCGCGUCCUUGCCAUCAAGAGUCUCAUUGUCUCUUCCCGCUGCUUCCAGUGGACAGCGUAGCGUCGUCGUCCGGCCAAUCAGAAGCCAACGCCUGGUUGCUGUCUGCGCGGCGCGUUCCCCCAAGUCCACCGAUGCCGCUCCCGCGCGUCGCCCCUCGUCCGCGCCGUUCCGCCUGCUCUCCGCGCCGGUGGCGGCGCUCCCGCUGGUGCUGGCGUUCGUAGAGGCGGAGCUGCCCAACGCCAUGGACACCUUCACGGCGCUCUCCGACUUCCACAUCACCGAGCCCGCCUUCAAAGCUUUUUACAUGAUCUUCACGUGCGUCUUCUGCUGGGGUGCGCUCGUCUUCGGCUCCAUGAACGACGAGUACUACGAGAGCGACGAGUACCGCAAUGCGGGCGGCAACGGCACCCAGUUCUGGAUCUACCAACGGGUCAGUCGCAGGGCCAUGCCCCAGCUGCUGCUCACACACGGGGGGUGUUGGCACAAAAGGGGAGAGGGAGGGUUGGGAGGGGGGGGAAGGGGGCGGCGGAUUUGGCCGGGGAUGUUUCACACCAGGGAUGUAGGCACACAGGGGGAGCCCCCCUUCCCUCUCUGCUGCCCUCUCCUCUGCUGCCGUUCCACCCCCUGCCUCCCCCGCUGUCCUCCCCCGCUGUCCUCCCCCACUGUCCUCCCCCGCUGUCCUCCCCCGCUGUCCUCCCCCGCUGUCCUCCCCCGCUGUCCUCCCCCGCUGUCCUCCCCCGCUGUCCUCCCCCGCUGUCCUCCCCCGCUGUCCUUCCCCGCUGUCCUCCCCCGCUGUCCUCCCCCGCUGUCCUUCCCCGCUGUCCUCCCUCGCUGUCCUCCCCUGCCCUCCCAUCAAUUUAUCCCUGCCCUUUUGCAGGCGGAGGAGGAGGAGGAGGGGGGUCGGGAGGAGCUGUGGAGGGAGGAGUUGAGGAGGGAGAUAGAGGAGAAGGUGACGGAGGUGAAGGGACUCAAGGGGGCUGUGAGGGAGGAGGAGCUUGUUUGA